AUGAAAUAAUAACACAUUCAGCUCCCUAAUUUAUCAAAAUUACAACAUCUUCCAUCAAGUGAUAGAAGUCCUAGAACUGUAAACACGCCUACAAGAAAGGCAAGUGAAGUGUUAGUAAAAUUUAAUUUCCAUCUUAAUCCUUCAUUGCAUAAAAAAAAAUAAAUAAAAAAUACUCCUAAUAAUGAAUUUUUAACGAAAAAGAUAAGCAAGGUUACAAGAAACAUCAUGGAGCUUGUAAAUUUUAAUCAUCUAUAUUUUCAAGAGAAGAAGAAAGAAAAUGAAAUGUGAUUCUUUGUAAAUCAAGCCUAGAAUUUAAGCAUGCAAAACUAACAAAGGAGGAACAAUAUCAGUACUAAAAAAUAAUGAAUAAUGCAGAUCCUAUCUACAUAAAAAAUAUAAGGAUUAAAUUUAUACAGGAGCCUCAGAAUUCAGUGAUAAGAGUAAAGAUAAAUUGAGAUUGCAGAUGGUCAAAUGGUUGAUAGAUAAUAAAAAAGAUGUUGUUUGUGCUUUGAAUGAAAAUAAAUAAAACAUUUUAGAAUGGGUUUAAUGUGUUGAAAAAGUAGAUAGAGAUGAGUUUGAUAUCAUACUACACGGAAUAUAACUAUACAAAGAUCCCAAUUUGAUAAAUCGUCUAUUUUGGUAUUAUAUAUAACAAUAAUUUAGGGUAUUUGAUUUGAAUGAUGAUGGAUAUAUUGAAUUUAAUGAAAUACAAUAUUCUAUAAAUUUAUUUAGGGAAUACGAUUAAUAAGAUAAAAUUCAGAUAUUUUUUGAACUUUGUGAUGAAAAUGAUGACGGUUAUAUAAAUGAGGAGGAUAUCAAAAAAUUCUUUUCUAAGAAUCUUACUAACCAAGAGGAGAUUAGAUAAAUGAAAUUUUUAAUGAAGGAUUUCUAUUAAGAACUAAACCCUCAUUAUUUGAAAGGAUUAAAUGCAGAAGAUUUAUAUUAGGCAACUCUAAGUGAUCAAAAUAUAAGGGUAAUUGUUGAAAAAAAUACCUUGAUUUUGAAAUCUAAUAAUAAAAAAGAAGAUGAUAUUGGUUCAAGUCUUAAUAAUCUCAUUUAUUCUGGAUAAUAGUAAUGUUUUAUAAUGAUAUUUUUAGUGAAGGAAAAUAAGGAAUAUUCUUCCCUUAGAUUGAGGGUUUGAUUGAUGCUUUAAUUGAGAAAGAUAGAAUUAUGAUGCAAUACAAAUAGAUUAAAUUGGAUUUUGAUUAGAUUGAAGAUAAUUCUGAUUGA